AUGCUAGAUAGAGACGAGACGGGCGACAACAGUGACCCUUUCAGGCAACUCCGCUAUCUCCCCCCUCCUCAGACAAGCCAGCACCUAUUCCACCCCCAACCUAUAAGACCUACUGUUGGUCCAGCUUGUCUGAGACAGAGCACAGACCCCAGUGGGGCCAUAGAUUCUUUCUCCCUUCGUGAAAGCUUGUUCGGACAGACAGAGUUGAGCCCCGGUGCCAGACACUUCACUAUUGAGAGCCAGUAUCUUCAGAGAAGCGCGCCUCGCUUUCCAACCGAGUAUGUGAAUUGGCGUUUUGGGGACCCCAUUCCCUCAGGCUGGAGAGUCACCGUGACGCCUCGCGUCGUUAACAGUCCCCGUCCUGAACAGCAUCGCAUCUUGGUUCCCGAUAUUGAGACUUCUGAGUCCUAUGAACGUCGCCGGGAUAUCUCCGCAUUGUCCUUGUUCUGUUCACAGCCAGACCACACCGUGAUAGAACAUGCGGCGAUCCUGCACAACAUGAGGAAUUCUGAAUCCGAGCCUGUCAUCGCCCAGAACCCCAAAAUAGUAUUUAGGCCGGGCAGUGCUCUUGAAGACACUAAUAUGGAUUAUGGUGAUCCUCACAAGCAAAGUUCCCCUAAAGAGACAACCGUCUUGAAGACCACUAAUGAGCCGGGCGACACGUUUCCAUCUCCUAUGCCUGUAAUGGGGAAGGAAGUAAUACUGUGCGAGUUCGAAGAGUUGACUACGCAUACGGCGAAAUGUGAUGUCUGUAACAAGCGCAAUUCUUCCGGAAUGUCUCGCUGUCUGACCUGCGGUUGGCAGACUUGCUAUCCGUGCACAAUUGCCCGUGGUUAUUUUCGCACUCACCACGUCAACGGCAAUAUUCACACUGGUCCCACUAGCCAGAACGAUCUAAAUGCUGCUACUGAAGAAAUCUCCAAAGCGAAGAAGAAGAGCAGUCCGUCCAAGAAGAAUAAAGGCUCUAGGAAUGCCAGAAAAUCCAAGAAAGGCCGCCCGGCCAAGGAUAAAACUCUAAAGAAGGCCCCGAGAACACCUUCGAAGUCCUCAUUUGUGUCUAACAAAGCAGAUACUGACCCGGAGGGUUCCGCAGAGGAGAAUAGUGACUCUGAAAAUCGUAAGAAACAAAGUGGCCAGGAGGCAUGGGACGUAGAUUCUAUUCUCGAUGAUGACGCCACUGAGUACCUGCCGGAGGAUGACCAGUUGGGGGAAGACGAGGCUAGCACUUGGAGACCUUUAGGUGCCCCGUUGAAUCAGGGUAGUUUGCACAGCCGGAACCUCCAGCAAGCCCAACGAGGACAUGAGAUACGAUGCCAAAAGAAGUUCAUGGGCCAGAAGUUUGAAACCACAAAGGAGGCUGAUGCUGACACGACUCUGACCAAAUCGAAAGCCUCAGGACAACGGACUAAAGCUCAGGCUUACUGUCGAAAGCAGCCAGGGACAUACUCUCGUUUAUGA